UUGCAGUCACCAGAUCAUCGACAAACUUCCGAAUGAACGGUAGCGGGAUGUUUAGUUUGUUCAAGACUGAAUUUAGCAGGCUCUCCAUGAUCCAGUCGGCUGUGGCCGAGGAUAGCGGGUUUCCCAUGGCGGUUCCGAAGAUUUGGUGGUAGUGUUGACCAUCAUACCGGAAGUAGCUAGAAUCUAUACAGUAUUCUACGAUCUCAAGGAACAGAUCUAGGUUUAUAUUCGUGUUGGGUUUUAUCUCGUCCCACCUCAUUAUGAUGUUGUUCAAGACCAGCGAUUUCGGAAUCGAUGUGAAGAGAGCUUUCACAUCAUGGCACAUACACCACGCGUCCACUUCUACGCGCACAUCGAGACAAGAUAUGGUGCAGAUUUGAGAUCAGCUUUCAAAGACUACGCCAAUGACAACAGGAAGUUAGGGAACAUGACUAGUCGAAAGUCCUUCCUGAUUCGUUGUCGCAAAAGAGGAGUAUUUCCGACGCAUAUUUCCAGCAAUUUCCGGUUCACCUUUCCCCUCCUCGAAGAAAUCAGCCCAUAUACCAACAAGAUACAGAAAAGUAUAACAAGAUUCAUGAAGUCCAUCUUGAAUAUUGAGAUCAAACACACAUUCUACAAAAUCCAAACUAUCAAGACGAGAAUGUCCACCAUUGCUCAAACCAUCAUGGAUUCGGGAGUCCCAGAAGAAGUAUAUGCGAGCUUCUUCGAAAACCAGAGCAAAUACAACGAGAAGUACACCACAUCCCGGAGCAACAAGACAAAACGGAAGUUCAGCCGCAUCAUUGAGCGAGCUGAGGAGUCUAGCCAUGAACAAAUCCCAACAAUCAACGAAAAAGCCAUACACAACGGUACUCAAGUAAACAUCCCACCAGAAACACAAGUCUUGCUGAGCCUCGGACCGAAGUUCGCGCUCCCACAAACAAAAACGGAUCCGAUAUUCUUCUACCACAUGCUCGCCGAUGUCGAAGAAAUACUGAAGUCCAACCCGGACACGACAGUACAAGACCGUACAAGGUGCGCCAUCACAAACUCGAUUCUCAACUACCUCCAUCAUAACGACAACCGCAACCGUGAACUGGAUCCACUGGUGAAGUUCUGUUCCAACGCCGAACGAAUAACGAGAAGGUUCCUGAGCGAGAACCCAACUAUCGUAGUCCUGAAGUCGGACAAAGGAAACAAGACGGUAUUGAUGGAGACACAGGACUACAAGACCAAGAUGCUAGAACUACUACAAGAUCGCAGUACGUACGAACCUAUCUCAAGAGACCCCACAUCACGCUACCAGCAACAGAACAACAGCCUGGUCAACCGACUCAGGAAUCUGGGUCUUAUCGACAGAAAAACAGCUAGUAGAUUAACCACAUAUAAAGCGGUAUGCCCUAGAAUCUACGGUCAACCGAAGGCUCAUAAACCCGGCCUUCCUCUGAGACCUGUGGUACCAAAUAUGACGGCACCGUCGUACCAGCUUUCGAAGUUCGUUGGGAGCAUCCUCCAGAAGUCACUGGUAAGUGAAUACAACAUUAAGGACUCCUACACUUUUUGUGAGUUCAUCAACAACGUAACACUACCGGAAAACUACGUGUUGAUUUCACUCGAUGUGAAAGCUCUCUUCACAUCGAUUCCGAAAUCGCUGGUCUUGAACAACAUCAUAAUGAGGUGGGACGAGAUAAAACCCAACACGAAUAUAAACCUAGAUCUGUUCCUUGAGAUCGUAGAAUACUGUAUAGAUUCUAGCUACUUCCGGUAUGAUGGUCAACACUACCACCAAAUCUUCGGAACCGCCAUGGGAAACCCGCUAUCCUCGGCCACAGCCGACUGGAUCAUGGAGAGCCUGCUAAAUUCAGUCUUGAACAAACUAAACAUCCCGCUACCGUUCAUUCGGAAGUUUGUCGAUGAUCUGGUGACUGCAAUCCCACUCAACCAACUACAAAGCGUACUGCAAGCAUUUAACAGCUAUGACACCCACAUCCAGUUCACGCACGAACUGGAAGUGGAUAACUGCCUACCCUUCUUGGACAUGCUGCUCAUUCGCCACGAGAACCAAAAGGUCACAACGCGGUGGUAACAAAAACCCAUAGCGAGUGGGAGGUUUUUGAAUUUCCGGUCAUUUCACCCCCUAGGGCAAAAACUGAAUACGGCCAGAAACUUCAUAAAUAGAGUGAAUCGUUUGUCAACAGACCUAGAUGAAGUUUCCAAAAACCAACUAAUAGACAAACACCUCAAGCUUAAUAACUACCCCAAGUCAUUACGCAACAGGCUGGCCAAUAGAUCGAAUACCCGCAAUGACUCCCCAACAGCAACACCGGAUGAAAUGGACCUGGAACAUACCUACCGUUCAAUCGCAUACAUGCCUCACCUGUCGAAUCGCAUCGACAAGGAAAUCCAGAAAAACUACAAAAACAUACGACUUGCAACAUACAACUGGAAAUCUGUAGGAGGUUUGUUCACAAAAGUGAAGGAUCCGAUCCCCGAAGAUCAACAGACCGAUGUCAUCUACUCCAUCCCAUGCAACGACUGCUCUGCCUGCUACAUAGGCAUGACGACAAACAGGCUCAAAACAAGGAUCAGCGGCCACAAAACACACUACAACGUGCUAGACAGAUUACAGCAAACAGGAGUCAGCAUAACGGAUCCGCAAAUCACCCAGCUCCAGCAGAAAACAGCCCUAAUGGAACACACGAUCGUCGAAAACCACCGAUUCAACCUAGAAAACACAAAAAUUUUAGUCAAAACAAACAAAUCACACACACUCCCAUAUUUGGAAAUGUGUCACAUCGUGAACAACAGCAACUGCAUCAACCGAAGAACAGACACAGAGGGUUUAAAUGCAAUAUACGCAGGAAUACUUCACAAGCUAGGAACGAAAAAACAGAAAAACACAGAAAAUGUAAACACACACGGAAUCACAACAAACACGGAUAAUACACAUACACACAACAUAAUCGAAACACCACUCACACAAGAUUGAAAAUGUCAAUAUCAGUCUCGAAAGCGUAGAGUGCAGGUGCAAGAAAAAAGCGUAGGCAGAAAGAAAUCACAGAAGCGAUAAAAAACAAGCUUUGUGCGAUUAAGCUGCUAUAAAGUUGCGAAACACAGUGUCGGGCGUAAAAAUCGACACACAUGCAGCACCAAAGACGCCAUUACAAACCAUCUACAGACACAAUACAGACAACCAAAUGUAGGCCACUACACAUGAUUACAAAAAUACAAACUCCUGUAAGUAGGGGAAAAUGGGGCACUUUGAGGGAAAGAAAUCGGAAAUCAAUGUAUAUUCAAACACCAAAUUUUUAGAUCCCCUGAAGAAGGUUCAAUAAAGAACCGAAACGUCGGACGUAGGAGCAAAAACUGUGUUUGCUAACCACUCAGACUGCUAUUGCCGAAAAAUUAUCUCGCUCAUCGAAAGUUUCAGUCGUAAACGAUAGUCAUAACACAUCAUGGCACAUACACCACGCGUCCACUUCUACGCGCACAUCGAGUUGGAUAUUACUUUCAAAAUAAUAUUCAAAUGAUACCGAAUUGAUAGGCAAGUAGUGCGAAUUCAAGUGCCAAUCCUCUCAUAUCAGCUUGCAGAUUUUUUACCGUGUAGUAGAAAAUACUUUAAUUGUGGCUCUCUGGGGGAUCCAAGCCUCGAACAGUUUUGGGUGUUAUUCCAUAGUGAAUAUUUGCCAAGCACUGUUAUUUACAUACAAACUAGCUGUGAUGUGUGAGUUUGCUUCUCAUUUUACUUUUUCGUACAAAAUGUUGAAACCACGAAGAUACUAUAUUACCUGCCAUGGUUUGAUGGCCAAAAAUCAUCAAACAUUAACUGCGUUUUCACGAAACGCGACGCGAGACAAGACACGACACUUAUGGUUCUUACAAUCGUCAAAAUAAUUAAAAAAUUACCUUAAUGCCGACCGGAUUCGGUUGUCUCGCGUCGCGUUUCGUGAAUGUCGUGAUUGUUCUUACGUUAGCACUAAAUGCACAAAUUGAUAGUAAUUUGAUAGAUUAACUGCGUUUGGCUAGAAUUAUGAUAAAACUAAUAAUAACAAGUAUGCUUUGACGAGAGACGAACCAGCCAAGGGCUGAAACCCUCUUUAAUAAAGACACAUCAAUCAAUCAAAUCAGUAAUGUUUUGACAAAACUAUCAUACAUCAUAAAUAAGGCCAAUUAGAAUAUCAACUUGGAUAAUCAGCAUUUUACAAGAAUCUUACAUCACGUGCAAUCUGCUAAGCCCAUCAAAGAUAGUAAACUUGUUAUUAGUAUAGCAAUCAAGCUUGUAAUCGUUCUGCACAAUAUCAAAUGUUACAGUUUGUUGAAUGAUUUUUGAACAGGGUAAUUCUACCCCAAGCAGCACACAUGUUACAAAGAAGUGUUGACAGCGCACAGGUUUUUGGUUGGACACGAGUCAUUUUCAAGUUAUUUGCCAUUGGAUUAGAAUAACAUGAAUGUAGGUACUGUACAACCAAAAACUCGCGCUGUCGACACUCUUUUGUGACAUAUGUGCUGCUUCUGCUUGGGACAUGUUCUGACAGUUUUAUAUAUCACCUGAUUAUGCAUACACGGUUCUUAUGAACGUUUUGACCUUCGAGGCAAAAUGCACUGAUGUCAAGCUAGCAAAACAAGCUAGCACACAAGCCCCAUAGCCCUAUUCAAAAAAGAUAUCCAAACCAAUUAAAUUGUCUCCCACGAUUCUCCAUGCUCACCCGCUCCUCAAAAUCUGACCUAAUGUUUACGCCAUUAGGCAACCAGCUCUGAAUGCAACCAAAUUUCAAAGGUGGAGAUGCAAGUACAUCACCCUUUUGUCCUGCCAUCUCUGCGUCGCGGCGGGGGAACGGAGAGACCCAAUUGUGAAAACCCAAUCUCGCACUGAUCGCACUGAUGAACCUAUACUAGGUACUAUGUCGCGGUCCAUUUGAGCGGCGCAUGUUUCCAUUCCGCCCGGUCCUGUCGCAGCCGCAGGCAAGUGAAGUUGAAGCUUGGUUGCCCCUUGUUUGACCCCGUCGACACCUUACUGCAGAGAGUGCACGCGGCUUGUGGUGGGCCUGCCUCAGUGCCACACCAACCACUCCGACCCCAAAUGUAGGUAUGUCUGAAGAAGAUAGAGAAGAACUUGGGACCUUUUGCUCUCGUUGCUAUUGAUGGUUGUCGGCGUCGUGUGACUGAAUGGUGUGAAUGAAAAUCCACGGCGGCGAUGCACUAGUGGUGGCUGUUGCACUGACAAGGUGGUUGCACAAUUUCCAUCCCAAACAAUUCAUUUGUCGACGAUGGUUGUCCGCGGUUUUGUAUUUUAAAUAUUUUGACGAGUGGCGUCAAGUGCACAUGGUCGGUCACAUAGCACCACGCUGAUCGAUUGAUGUUUUUCGUUUUCGUCGUGAGAGCUUGAUAGGCUCGAAUGUCUGACCAAGCGGUUGAAUUUGGACCUUCGUGAAAAAAUGGCAGUUCAGUUAAUGGACGCUUAGAACACGCAGUAUGUAGUAUGGCCCUAAUAGUCUAGUUUUGAACACUAUGAGAAAUGCCUCAUUUACAC